GGGUUAUUUUUAGGUUUCAUAUCACAUGACAAAACAAUGUGAUCAUGGGUUGGAAAUGGAAAUGACAUUUCUUACCAAUUGUUAUAAAAUCAUCAGCUGGAUUGUAUUGUUGCAUUUGAUAUCAGAGGCCAGAGGUAUAGGUUAUGAGCUGUCAACUAAUUGUACAGUUCACUAUGUGACUUGUGCAGUGUGCAGUGCUGGUUCUUUUGCAAACAGUUCUGUUGAAGAAUGUGCCUGUUGUCCCACAGCAUCUAGAGGCCAAUGUCAUAAUCAGACUUUCUGUCAAGAAUGCAAUAAGGGGUAUUACCAGAACAAUUCAGCUCAAAUCAGUUGUUUUCCCUGUCGGAAAGGAUUCUAUACAAAUAAGACCGGUUCUACAGAUUGUACAGCAUGUAAGAUUGGAUUUUUUGCCAAUGAGACAGGGUUGGCAGUUUGUGAUCCAUGCCCUCUUGGAUCCUUCCAGAAUAAGACUGGACAACCAGUGUGCAGCCAGUGUCCAUUAGGACAGUACCAAAAUCAGGAAGGACAGAGUGAGUGCAAAAAUUGCUCAGAGGGAACAUAUCAGAAUCACCAAGGGCAGGCGCAUUGUGAGGAUUGUUCUCCAGGUUUCUUCCAGAACCAGACUGGUCAGCGUAUUUGUGAGAAGUGUCCUUCUGGACAGUAUCAGGAAGAUAAUAGGAGUAGCAGCUGCAAUCCAUGUGAUAAAAAUACAUACUGCAGGGAGCCUGGGUGUAUUCAUUGCUCCCUGUGUCCAGCUGGUACAUUUGGGAAUGACUCUAUAGGCCUGGUGGAAUGUCCAGCCUGUCCUGCAGGAAGUUUCUCAGCAGCCAAUGGCUCUAGUCAAUGUAACCUAUGUUCUGAAGGAUUUUAUCAGAGUAAACAGAACAAGACCCAAUGUGACCCAUGUGCUGUAGGAUCCUUCUGCAGUGAUAUUGGUUGUAAAGAAUGUGGACCAUGUCCAAGAGGUUCUGAAACCAGAGAACAAAAUAGCACAGUAUGUCAUAAAUGUCUUAUAGGUUAUUAUAAAGAUGAGGAAUCAAGAAAGCUAUGUAAGGAAUGUGAUGAUGGCUUCUACACUACAAAAACAGGUUCCUUCCUUUGUAACCAGUGUCCACAAGGAUACUAUUGUCCUUCAACAUGGGAAUCUCCCAAGGUCUGUCCCGAGUCAGCCAUUUGUCCAGCAGGAAGCUCCUCCCCCGAGUCAUGUGACAUUCCAUUUUUUUCUGCUGAUGUUCAGACUCAAAAAUGCAAGGCAACUGAGGAAUUAAUUGCUCUGAUUAUUGGAGUAUCUGUUGUGGCUUUUAUUAUUUUGGCUCUAAUUGUGUACAAAGUUCACAAACAAAGAAAAGCAAGACAAUUCCAAGAGGAAACACAACCUUUAACAACAGCACCGAAAAACCAGAUAUACAUGGGAUUAUAGCAGUCAAAGACUGAGCAGAGAGUAAAAUAUCAGACACUUUUCCACAACCUUUAACAACAGCACCGAAAAA